AGCACUCUCCCACCCCAGGGCCUUUUCCCCUUUGUUCCUCCCUUGUUGCUUCUACCCCGCCCCUUAUGGCCCUAAGCUUCCUGGGCCGGAACUGUUAAGCUUUUUCCUGCCCCUGUUGAGGGUGUGGGUGGCUUUUGACCUUAAGAGAGGAAAAAAAAUGGAGCCCAGGAGGGCAGCGCCCGGGCUACCCAGCCAGACCUCUUCAGUGGGCGCGGGGUCAGCCGCCGAGCUCGUGUACCAUCUAGCGGGGGCUCUGGGCACUGAGCUACAGGAACUGGCACGCCGUUUCGGACCCGACGCGGCAGCUGGGCUGGUGCCACUAGUAGUGCGGGCGCUGGAGCUCUUGGAAAAGGCCGCUGUGGGGCCGGCUCCGGACUCGCUGCAGGUGUCCGCACAGCAGGCCGAAGUGGAGCUGCGGCGGCUGCGCGAGGAGAACGAGCGCCUCCGCCGGGAGCUAGGCUCCGGGCCGCAGGAGGAGCGCGCGCUGCUCCGACAACUCAAGGAGGUGACAGACAAACAGCGAGAUGAGCUUCGGGCACACAACCGAGAUCUGCUGCGCCGAAGCCAAGAGACCGAGGCGCUGCAGGAACAGCUGCAGCGCCUCCUGCUGAUCAACUCUGAGCUGCGGCACAAGCUGGCUGCAGUGCAGACCCAAUUGAGGGCGGCGCAGGACCGGGAGAGGGAGCGCCGGAUAGCUCGGGAUAACUCCCAACAGCUGGCUAAAGACCAGAGCUUGGAGCCGGUUGCCGCAACCCCAGAUGACCCGGUGGAUACUCAGAAGCGGCCAGGGAGCCCUCCAGAGGCUGUCCAGUGUGGGUUCAGCAGGGAAGAGCUUGAGCAGAUCCUUCAGGAGCGGAACGAGCUCAAAGCCAACGUGUUCUUGCUCAAGGAAGAGUUGGCAUACUUCCAGCGAGAGCUGCUCACAGAUCACCGGGUCCCUGGGCUUCUGCUUGAAGCCAUGAAGGUGGCAGUCAAGAAACAGAGGAGGAAGAUCAAGGCCAAGAUGUUGGGGACACCAGAAGAAGCAGAGAGCAGUGAUGAUGAGGAUGGCUCGUGGCUCCUGCUUUCCAACAACAAGGAAGAUGUCCCCCUAGUUCCUGGGUCCAGAAUCCAGAAUUUCUUUGGCUUAUGGUAUCGGGGUGAAACUGAGGCCCCUGAAGCUGAGACCAGCGACACAGCUCCCAGCAGGCUGCAGGAAGGAGAAGAGGCCCCGCAGCAACCCCACCUGCAACCUGUGGACAGCCUUCCAGCCCCCAAUUCCUGACUGGUCCUCUGCUUUCAAUGAACAUCUUGGUCUGAGGACUUCAGCUGUGCAGGAGGCCUAACUCUGGGUUCCAGCUAACUGUGCAUGGAUGUGUGACCUCAGAUGUGAGGAUGAGGCCCCACCCCCGCUGCCCCCCCACACCUAGCCUGUGCUAGACAUGAUGGGACUUCAGCCUGUCUCCCCUUCUUGACAUCUCUGUACCACACUUCAGAGUCAGAGGUAAAGGUAUCUCUGAACUCUGCUUUUUCCCAUUGCGAAACAAAGGGCUGCCAGCCUGCCUCCCUGGGUCUUGUGCAGGUGACCAGUGCAAUAAAUACCCAUAAAAACCCUAAAAA